ACAGUUCAACUUCGACCUCUUCAGUGUCUAACUUUCGAAUCUAGUGUUUACAUCUAAAGCUUUAAUUUCCCAGAAAUUACCUGUUACAUAACAAAGUUUUGUUUUUAGCGAGACAUUGCUAAUGAAAGUCCAUAAUUUUGGAUCAUAAAAAUUGUUCUUAAAGAUUGAAUUUUGUGGAAAAAGUGUCUACGAUGAAUAAAGAAGAAAGUGACCAUCAAGAAGAAUCAUUUCUCAACCUCAAGAAGUCAAGUGUCAGCAUCUUCGGUGCCUUUAAAGAUGCCUGCAACACUAGACCAUCAUCUGUAAACACUAAUUCAAACUUAGAAUCCACAAAUCAGGAUAAUAAAACUAGUUCUAGAGACUUCUCAACAUAUCUACUGAUGGAUAACGAAAUUGCACAUCGGCAUCGGACACAGCAAGAAAUUGAAAAUCUUAAUCAGAAAAUGAUCAAAAAUCCGGUAAACCUUCACUCCAGCUUGUCGUGCUUGAAUCAGGAAAAUCAAGCUAGUCUUUCCAAUCAGCAACUUCAGGGUCAAUUUAUGAGCCAACGAAGUACAUCAGAGCAGAUGUUGACAUGCCCAGGAAGCAUUCUGGACUCCGUGGCAGCUUCAGGAACUCGAAAGAAGAAGAUACCUUUAAGAAAAAGAUCAAAAUCUAUGACAGCACCAGGAAGCAGUUCAGAAUCAAUGAACCUAGUUCAAAAUUCUCUACUUUCAACAAAUUUUCGUCGAAUGAAUGCUACCAGUGAUCAGGGUCAAUAUCAGUAUCUGCAUCAAGAGGAAAAUAAUUUUCCUAGCAACCAGCAGACUACUCCUGCAAGAAGAAAAAGGAAAUUAUUGUCCUUAGCGGAAGAUGAGGUUGAUCGUCAAGAAGAUAAGGUUGAUACUUGUGAAAAUGAGCAGCCUAUAGAUCUGACGACGAUCAUUGAAGUUUUCAACUGUAUGUGAUAAAUGGUUGAGAAUUGGAUUCGAAUCUUCAAAAAUUUGAUCAAUGCUUGGAUGGAUCCCAACUGCUCAUAUUCAGCUUGUUUCUAACGAUAGUCAUCAUACUACCAAAUUUUACUCUAGACAAAUUUGAUUUAUAUUUUUAGCCAACAAAUUUGUUCAAGAAUAUAAAAUUAAAAAUGUUGUAAGUCUUUAAGAUCUGAAAGAAAAAUGUUCACUUUUAGCUAAUGUGUGCGUGUGUUGUGUUGUAUCUUAAUUACUUUAAUUAAAAAUUACUUUUUUAAUAUUUUAAAUACCAUUCCUCGAAAAUAAUAAUAGACAAAUUGUAAAAGAAAUUAUAUGACAGCUGGGCAUAUUAGUUUAGUUUUGUGCUUAUUUAGCUCUAGUUUUUCAUUUUUUUUCAAUAAAUUUUAUAUGAAUGAAUGUAAUAAAA